UAAAAUAUGUUCUCUACAAGUUUAUUUGUUUUGUUAAUUUUUAAAGCAGUUUAUUCUUCAAAGAUGUAUUCUAAUGAUCUUAAUGUGAAUGAUAUUUUGCGAACUGAUCUGAUGCCGACCUUCUUCAUGUUGAGUGGAGAAGAGAAUAAGACUGAGAGUGUUCCGGAAAUGAGGACCACUGAUAGCGCUGAAGAAACGACCUACAAAUCAAUAAAUGGAUCUAUUGAUGCAGCUUUGUCUACUUUGGCGUUCCACAGACAAAUGAUGAACGAGUACCACUGCAGAAACUACGUGGCCGAGCAAAUACUGGAAGAAAUGGGUAAAAGUGUAGUCCAGAGCCGCGUCGGGAAGCCCUUCGGGUUUGAGGGCCUUGGUGACGUCAACCGGCGCUCGUCAGACCUGAGGAGCAGUGCGCUGUAUGACAUCGGUUCGGCGAACUACCAGGAGUGGCUGAAUAAAAUAGCUGCAAUAAACAACGGCUACCGCCAGUUGAGCGCAGUCCCCAACCUCGAAGCCGGUAACUUCACCUUUCCCAUGGCCAGCGGCCCUUCAGCUUCCCAAACCCGGGAUAAGUAUGAAGUCUACGAGCCCGCUGAACCAGAAGCCACGUACAACGAACCAGACGCGGCGUAUCAGGAUAUAUCCAAAUACAGUGGAGCCUACGAAUACUCAAUGCCGCCGCCACCGCCGCCACUGUACCACCACCCGGCAUCGCAGGAGCCGGAGCACGAGGAAUACUCGGUGGAGAGAGACGGCCACGGGCUGGGCAUCUCUGAACUGUUUGACAUAUCGCUCACGGGAAUAGCCUUCUUGUCGUUUGGCAUGUUCGUGCUGCAAGUGCUUAUGUGUAUUACCAUGCAUCCACAACAAACUCAAGUGAUGCAGAUGGUCGAUAACAGCGAUUCUAUGAACGUCGACGACGUGUUCCGAUUCAAACGCGACACGGAACCUAGAGGAAGCGUCGUGUCUUCUAUGAAUACUCUAGCGCGCUACGCUCUCAUAGCGCUGAGGCCGCGGUCUACCCAGUGCUUGUAUCGAGCGCUAUGCUUGGGCAACAAGCACGCGAGAGAGAUACGGGAUAGCAGUCGCUAUUGGCUUCCUGUGUGGCAUGCGGGCGUGGCGUGGUCGCGGGGAAGCGCAUUAGGCGCCCUAAAGGCGGCAGCGCUUGGGCUGGGCGGCGCCCAAUGCGACACUCUCUACCCGCCCGCCCACUGCCAAGAACAGCGAUAA